AUGAUGAAGAAGAAGAAAGUCUCGUGGGAGGAUUGGAGGAGACCAGUUGCCGGCGGCUGGGGCAAACCUCUCGCCUGGUUUGGAAAUGUUGACACCAAAGAUACGGCGACAGUACGGCGACGACGACAGUACGCAGCACCACACACAAUUCCCGCAGCAGCACCAACUUCACCUUGGCUUCAACUUGACUACAGAACUGUCUUCACGCUGCACUAG